AUGGGGAAGAGUAGUAGCAGGGGAACGGGGAAGGUUGUGAGUCCGAACAAUAGUGGUGGGAGGAGGAUAGGGAAGAACAGCAGCAGGGGAACGGGUGAGGGUGUGAGUCCGAGCAGUAGUGAUGGGAGAAGGCUGGAGAAGAGCAGUAGUGAUGGGAGAAGGCUGGAGAAGAGCAGUAGUGAUGGGAGAAGGCUGGAGAAGAGCAGUAGUGAUGGGAGAAGGCUGGAGAAGAGCAGUAGUGAUGGGAGAAGGCUGGAGAAGAGCAGUAGUGAUGGGAGAAGGCUGGAGAAGAGCAGUAGUGAUGGGAGAAGGCUGGAGAAGAGCAGUAGUGAUGGGAGAAGGCUGGAGAAGAGCAGUAGUGAUGGGAGAAGGCUGGAGAAGAGCAGUAGUGAUGGGAGAAGGCUGGAGAAGAGCAGUAGUGAUGGGAGAAGGCUGGAGAAGAGCAGUAGCCGGCGGAAUGGGGUUGUUGGUGAAGGGAGGGAGGAGGAGGGAGGAGGUGAGGUGUCGUCUAGGAGCAGGAAAGAUGGCAGGAAGGAAGGGAGGAAGGAAGGGAGGAAGGAAGGGGAGAAGGAAGGGAGGAAGGAAGGGGAGAAGGAAGGGGAGAAGAGGGAGGGGAGGAGGGACGGGAAGGGGAAGGAUGCGAAGGGGAACGAGAAGAGAGGGGAAGUGGAGAGAAUGGAAGAGGAGAAAAGAGGAGGGAGGAAAGAAGAAGAUACGGUUGAAGAGGGCAGAAUUGAAGAGGAUGGGAUUCAAGAGGAUAGGGGUGAGGAGGAAAGGAACGUAGAGGCAGAAGCAUCAGAAGGUGUGAUAGAGUGGACCAAGCAGGGGGUUGUGAAAGGGAGGGAGAAGAGGAGAGAGAAAGACAGAGAGAAAGCAGAGGAGGAGAGUGUAGCAGAGGGAACUUUUCCUCCUGCUGCUGCCAUGCCUGGUUUGGCCCGGGAUUUCACCAUGGCUGACUUGGGCAAUUCUGCUGAGAUGUCACAACAGGGUGCUGCUGCUGCUGCUGCUGCUGUGGUGCCUGGGUUGGCUCGAGAUUUCACCUUGGUAGAUCUGGGCAAGCCUUUUGAGACAGCUGAAAAUGGUGCUGCUGCUGUUAUGCCUGGUUUGACUCGAGACUUCACCAUGGCAGAUUUGGGAAAGUGCGGUGCUCACAGUGGCCGGGAGGAGGGGCAGGCAGAGCGGCAGGGCGAGCAGACUCGUGAGGCACCUGGAAAGCAGGCAGAGCAGGGCAGGCAGGAUGGGCAGGGCGGCCCUUUGAAAGGCGGCCUCGAAGCCCCUCAACACGAUCCCGCACUGCCACCUCUCAAUGCGGUUCACACCACCGGUCGCCCCACCAGCUCCGGCUUUCAGUUCCGCCCUCUUGUCCUCUCAGCCCCCUCAGAUUCCCCAGGUCCCUCAGGCCCUUCUGGCCCCUUGGGGUUUUCAGGCUUCUCAGCCUCCCAGCGCUCUGCCCCCCCCACACCCUUUGGCUUUCCCGGCACCAGCGGCAGCAGCGACGGCGGCGGCGGCAGUGGUGCUGGUAAUGUUGGGGGAGACGGGCACGGGCAGGACCGGGAUUUUGGGCCUGCAGGUGCAGGUGGGAUUCUAGCAGGGGGUGCUGCAGGAAGCAGCAUUGACUGGCAGUGUGGGCGGGAGUUUGGGCCGAUAGGGGCUGCGAGGGUGAGGGCUCAGCGGUGCCGAGAGCACUGGACGCUGCUGUUCAUGGAUCUGCUCGAUCUCAUGCUCAAACGGACGGCUGGAGAUGAGUCUGUGGACGAUGAGGGGGAUUUGGCGGUGAAUCGGACGGCUGGGGAUGGGUGUGUGGGUGGGGGGGGUGCCGGUGGUGGUGUAGGGUGGGGGCAUGAGGAGGGGAAGCGAUGGGAGGGGGGUCAGGAUGAGUGGGUGACUGAAGAUGUUUAUAAAGGGUAUACGUGGGGUGAGGAAGGGGAGGAGGGUAGAGAGGAGGUGUAUAGGGAAGAGGUAGCACUAGCAGAAGGGCUUGCUGCAGCCACACACUCGAGCCUGGAGGAACGGUGCGAGGAGCAGGAUCGGCUGUACCUGCAGCUCAGCCUCGGCCCGGGCCUGUUGGGGAUGACCCUGGCGGCUACAAUGAGGGAACUUGAGCAUAUACACCCGGACGACAGCAUGGCAAUUGCGAGUCUAGCCCAGGAAUUAGGGUUAGACGAGGCGGCGUUUCACGCUGCUCUGAGGGCUGUCUCCAGUGGGAGGCUCAAGGCUGCUGGGUUCGAUCGGGUGAUCGGGAUGGUGUUUACCGGCCGAGGGGUUGAGUCGGUUACAAUGCGGUUUGCAAGGCUGGCUGCUGCGGUGAAAACGGCCCAGUUCUGGGGGACUGGGGCCAGUGCCGGAGCUGCAGCCGCGGCAGCAGGUUCGGGGAAAGGCUCGGCGGCAGGGUCGGUGGGUGGGUUGUGGGCGGCUGGCAGAGCAAGUGCUCCUGGGGUUGGUGUUGGCGCAGACGGUGCGUCAGGUGGUUCUUCAGGUGGUGUUUCAGGUGGUCCUUCAGGUGGUGCCUCAGGUGGUUCUUCAGAUGCUGGCAACAAUGCUGAUGCUUCUGGUUCCGGUACUAGUGGUAGUGGUGCUGAACAUUUAGCACGAGAUGGGAGGAGGAGGGGAGGGAGUGAAGGGGAGGUGGGGGCAUGGCUGAGUGAAAAGGCAGCAGAUGACAGACAGGAGGAUGGGGAGGUGGGGUCUGGUGCGGGUAGAACCAAGCCAGGGCACACCCGGGGCAGGAGUGACAUACCUACGCUGUGGCUGGGGGGAGGGAGGGGCAUCAGCGGCAGUGAUGCCAUUUCUUCCCCCUCUGCUGCUGCCGCUGCUGCUACAGCAGGAGGAGGGAACUCGUAUGUGGCGGAGUUUGUGGAUGCGAUGCUGAGGAGCGAGGUGAUGAGGAGGCAGCACCCGUGGGCGUAUGAGCUGCUGCUCAACUUCCUCAGGAUCAACAGCAGAGGGGCUCCUAUGGAAGAACGAGAACUGAACCUUUGCGCUCAGGUGCUACUCACCAAGUGGUUGGGCGAGGGGGAGGUGCAGGAGAUGGAGGAGCGAGCAGUCAUCAAAAUAGAAGGAAUGGACGACCCGGGCGUGCAGGUGGGGUGGCCCAUGUGGGUGCGCGUGGGGCGCCUCGUUGAGCGCCAGUACGACCUGCCCCGCCUGCUGCGCGCCAUGCAGAGCCUCUCCAUCUGGUUCAACUACGAUGAACUGGAGGAGGACGGCACGUGCAGCAGUGCCACCGUCUCGUCUGUCUUUGACUGGGGCCUGGCCGGCCUGCUACAGGACCUGCCGCCCGGAGACGACGCCGCCCAGUCGCUGCUCGACAUCCUCGAUCCAGAAGAUGACGAAUGGAUCGACGUCUCGCUCGCCGUUGCCGCCCGGAUGGCCCUGCCGACCGGCAACUGGUGGCCAGUGCAGGGCGGCGGAGGGGUGGCGGGGUUCGUUGCCAAGCUGCUGUCACUCAUAGAAGAGUGCGGCGAGCCCACCCCCCAGCAGCAGAGCAGGGCUGUGAAGGUGGCGCUGAGGCUGUGGAGCUGGGCUAUGCCCAAGAGGGAGCAGCUGCAGGAGCAGUGCGAGACGGAGGAGGAGCUGAUGGAGGUGUGGCAGCGCUCUGCCUCGGCCAUCUGGCGAUCCGUGGCGUGUGGAGAAAUGGCUCCAGAGCCUUGA